UAUAUAUAUAUAUUCACACCGCCGCUCAUUUUUUGUUUCUACGAUUCAAUUAUUCUUAGUUAGUUGAAUCCGAUUCCAAUUUCAUUUCAAUCUGUUUCAAAUUUUUUUUUCUUCUUCUUCUUCUUCUUCUUCCAAGUUCGGAUGCUGGAAAUUGUUGCUUUCAGAGUUGGUGGAUUCAAAUGUGAGCUGAGUUUCUGGUGCUAGGAUCUGCUGGCGCGGUAAAAUUCCUCGAUCCCAGCUUGUGUGCUCUGCGUGGGUGCUUUGGAUUUGGAAGUUGUUGUUACCUAUUUUUCUCAUUUCAAUUUUGGUCAUAUGGCCUCCAGCGCAAAGAAGCUGGUAAGGGUGUUGAUACAUCAAUGAGUUCGUCCCUUCACUGAAACAGUGCAACUAAUAAGUAGUUCUAUGGGAUAGAAGUGGUAUAGAGAUGGUAUUGUAUUUGAAGAAUUAUGAACAUGGAGGAUAAGCGAGAUGAUAUUGGACCUUCAGAGCAGAGGUCUCCUAGUACUACAUGGUGGCCAUCAGAUUUUUCGGAAAAUUUUGGAUCUAUAUCCUUGAACUCCAACGAUGAAAAUAUGAGGAAUAAAGAGUUAUCCGACAAAGUAAAAUAUGAUCGAUUAUCAUAUAAAAGAGCAUCACAAAUCCUAUGGAGCACAGGAAUGCUUUCUGAACCAAUUCCAAAUGGUUUUUACUCUGUCGUUCCUGAUAAAAAAGUCAAGGAAAUGUAUGAAGAUGUACCAGCUCUGGAGGAGCUUCAUGCUUUGGAGCUUGAGGGUUUGAGAGCUGAUGUUAUUCUAGUAGAUGUGGAGAAAGAUAGGAAGCUUUCUAUGCUGAAGCAGUUAAUUGCAGCUCUGGUUAAGGGUUUGAACACAAAUACCCCCGCUGUGAUAAAAAAGAUUGCUGGACUGGUAUCUGAUUUUUACAAGCGGCCAAACUCGGAACUAAGUCCCAGAAAAGCUGCUCAGGAGGAUACCCCACAUAUAUCUGAAAAUCGAGGAGUGCAGAUGCUGGGGCAAAUAAAGCAGGGUUCGUGCAGACCUCGAGCAAUAUUGUUUAAAGUUCUUGCAGAUACUGUAGGACUUGAAAGUUGUCUAGUGGUGGGUUUACCUACUGAAAGAGAUUCUGAGUGUGUGGACUCGCACAAACAUAUGUCUGUAGUAGUCGUGUUGAAUUCUGUGGAAUUUCUGGUCGAUUUAAUGCGAUUUCCUGGCCAAUUAAUCCCUCGAUCAACCAAGGCUAUCUUUAUGACUCACAUAUCUGCUGCCGGGGAGAGUGAUUCUGCUGAAAAUGAUUCAUGUGAUUCACCAAUGGAACCAAAUAGCCCUCUUUAUGGGGUUUCUGAACGAGUUGAUCCUGAGAGUCUCUGCAGAGCUGAGAAAGAAGAUGGCCUGCUAUAUCAGCGGAGACUAGAAGCUUCUUCAAAUGCAGCAGGGCCUUCAUUAAGGAAUAUGAUGUUGCGGUCAAAUUCUGUUGAUACAAAACUGAGCUUAUCGCACAGUGAACCUAAUAUAGCUGCUACAUUUUGGCGAAGGAGCAGGAGGAAAGUCAUUGCCGAACAAAGGACUGCAAGUUCAAGCCCAGAGCACCCUUCACUUCGAGCACAUGCUCGAUCUAUGCUUAGUGGAGAUAACAAACCAUUCAAGGAUUAUCCUGACGCCAUUGCUACAUCAAGGUCAGAAGGUGCAUCAACAUCAGAUGCACGUAGAAUAAGAAGAAGAAGCAUUAGCAUGACUCCGGAAAUUGGUGAUGACAUCGUUAGGGCUGUGCGAGCAAUGAACGAGUCCCUGAAGCAGAAUCGUCUUCCAAGGGAACAAGGUGAAAGCAGCUCAUAUUCCUCUGGUUCAAAGGACCAAUAUAGUGCAGGUCAACUGAAAGAUGUCACAGAUAUUCAACUCGACGAACAUGAGAAACUGUCUGGUGGAACGCCAGCCUUAUCCAGACAGCACAGCUCCCAAAAGGCAAUGUCAUUGCCGUCAUCUCCACAUGAGCUCCAGAGUCAGACUCAAGAAAGAAGUGGAAUUCCCAGUUUAAAUGAAGAAAUGGUUUCAACAUGGUACAGAGUUCUUGAGUUACCUAUCUUCCAACAAAAGCCUCCGCUACCAUUUGAAGAGUGGAAUAUUGAUUUCUCAGAGUUAACUGUAGGCACUCGUGUUGGGAUUGGAUUCUUUGGGGAAGUUUUUCGCGGCCUUUGGAAUGGAACUGAAGUUGCUAUCAAAGUGUUUCUCGAGCAAGAUCUCACUGCUGAAAACAUGGAGGACUUCUGCAAUGAAAUAGCUAUCUUAAGUCGCCUUCGUCACCCAAAUGUUAUAUUAUUUCUUGGUGCUUGCACAAAACCUCCACGGCUGUCGAUGAUAACUGAAUACAUGGAAAUGGGAUCACUGUAUUAUUUGAUUCAUCUAAGUGGUCAGAAGAAGAAAUUGAGCUGGCGGAGAAAAAUCAAGAUGAUACGUGACAUAUGCAGGGGAUUGAUGUGCAUACAUCGCAUGAAGAUUAUUCAUCGUGAUCUGAAAAGUGCAAAUUGCCUUGUGAACAAGCACUGGACAGUUAAAAUCUGUGAUUUUGGGCUAUCAAGAAUAAUGACUCAUUCACCAAUGAAGGACUCGUUUUCUGCUGGAACACCUGAAUGGAUGGCUCCGGAGCUUAUUCGUAAUGAACCCUUCACAGAGAAAUGUGACAUUUUCAGUCUUGGUGUUAUUAUGUGGGAGCUAUGUACUCUAAACAGACCGUGGGACAGAAUACCACCUGAACGUGUUGUGUAUGCUGUUGCAAACGAGGGAUCACGGCUAGAGAUACCUGAAGGGCCACUGGGCAGGUUGAUUACAGAGUGUUGGGCGGAACCUCAUGAACGACCAAGUUGCGAGGAAAUUCUGACCCGCUUGCUGGACUGUGAUACCAGUUAGCUAAUCAUGACGCGCAGUUCAUUGUAUAGAGAAAAAAAAACACAAUGCUGUUGAGUUUUUUUAUCACGUGUUUCGGCUGCAAAUUUUGAACUUGUGUGUGAAUUUUUGAUAUGCUAACGUUCUUCUAUUGUCGGUA